AUGUCCGCCGCCGCCGCAGUGUACGCCGCCGCCGCGGUGAUCCGCUGCCGCCUCGGUGUACACCGCAGCCCCCGCGCCGAUCCGCCGCCGCGGUGUACGCCGCAGGCCCCGCGCCGAUCCACCGCCGCCGCGGCAAUCCACCGCCCCCGUAUAUCUCAGUAUUUGAGAAAACUUAAAAUGGAGAAAGAUAAUUUUGUAUUUGAAUUUUUUAACGAGGAUGGAGAAAUGAACUUAUUCUAUAUGUCUAAGAACUGGGUCGUAUGGAUGGAAAACAGAAGCUUCGAGGCCCCUACGAUUUUAACAUUUAAUCCACAAAAUGUCAUAUACGAGAUCAUUAACACUGACAAGAAUAGAAUUAUCUGGAAGAAUCAUCCAAAGCUCUGGGAUGCCUGGAUGAUGCAGCGGAUAGCUGGGGAGAAGAAAGAAGACAGAAUACAAAAGACAGAGGAGGAGAAGUACAAGAAGAGGCAAGAGCUACAGAAAAGGAGACAAGGACAAGGAAGCGGUUGGCGUAGAAGGUUGGGAGAGGGAGACGUUGGGAGUGAGUGCGAUAAGCCUCCAAAAUCUCAAUGCUCAGAAAACUGUCUUCCUGGAUACAGAAAAGUCAUGGGGUCUAGCAUCCAUUCCUGCUGCUAUGACUGUGUGAGAUGCUCAGAGGGAGAAAUCUCCAAUAUAACUGACAGUGAAAACUGCAUACAAUGCUCCAAGAGUGAAUGGCCAAAUAGGAAUCAAGAUCAGUGUAUUCCCAAACAAUUUGAGUUUCUUUCUUACACUGAAGAUGUGAUUGCUCUAGUACUGAUGUCACUCUCAGCUUUCUUCACCCUGGUCACAGCUUUAAUACUGGGAAUAUUUACUUGCUAUCGUUAUACCCCAAUUGUAAAAGCCAAUAAUCGGAACCUCAGUUUCGUUCUCUUGGUCUCCAUCAUGUUGAGCUUCCUCUGCGUGUUUCUGUUCCUCGGCCGUCCUGUGGAUAUAACCUGCAUGCUGCGUCAAACUGGUUUUGGAGUCAUCUUCUCAGUAGCUGUGUCUUCUGUGUUGGCCAAGACUAUCAUGGUUUGCAUCGCUUUCAGGGCCACAAAGCCAGGCAGUGACUGGAAAAAAUGGCUUAAUGUGAAACUGUCAAAUUCUAUAGUUGUGUUAUGUUCAUCUGUCCAAGUUAUUAUUAAUAUUAAUUGGUUGGCUAUUUCUCCCCCAUUUCAGGAGCUGGACAUGGACUCUUACCAUAGCAAGAUUGUCGUUCAGUGUAAUGAAGGCUCGGUUGUUGCCUUCUACUGUGUCUUGGGUUAUAUGGGGCUUCUGGCAGCUCUUAGUUUUAUUAUAGCUUUUUUAGCCAGGACAUUACCAGAAAGUUUUAAUGAGGCCAAAUACAUCACCUUCAGCAUGCUGGUGUUCUGCAGCGUUUGGAUCGCAAUGAUCCCGGCCUAUGUGAGCACCAAAGGCAAAUACAUGGUGGCCGUAGAGAUUUUUGCCAUAUUGACCUCCAGCGCUGGACUGUUAGGCUGUAUAUUUUUGCCAAAAUGUUACAUUAUUUUAUUUAGACCAGAAAUGAAUACAAAAACAUACUUGCUUGGAACUAGUAACAGAUAAUUUAUAUCCGUAUCUGCAGGUGAGGGCUGACACCUUCUGCUUCAGGGUAAAGCCAAGUGACCCCAUAGUCCCA